CGAUUACCGAAUUAUGGAUGUAAAUAAAAUCCUUAAAAUGGAAAAUCAAAUUCCUUUGACGGAAUCAGACGAUAAUUUGAAUUUAUCAGAAAAUGAAAGUUUAGUUGAGGGGAAAAUGAGUGAAGAAUGGACAGACGGAGAGUUAGAGGAAAAUGAAAUUUUAUCUGAAGAAAUUUCAAGCUACAAUUCAGAUUUGGAUAUUUAUGCAAGAGAUGUAUCCAAAUAUAGUUUAAAAACACCAAGCACAGGAUCCUAUUUUUAUGGAUCGCCAUAUAAUAUUCGAUGUUUGGGUGAAAUAGAACUUUCACGUAGUUCGAGAUACUUAAAUCCUUUUAAUUUUUUCCCACUUGUGGCACUUGAUAUUGAUUUACAGGAUCAUCUAUGGACGCCAGAGGAACCACCCAUAUACGAUGACAUUGGAGUCGAAAGGUAUCUGGAUUUGGUCAAAGAAAAUAAAGCGGAAAUUGUCCAAGAUAUUAUUAGUCAAUUACACACAGAGACGAUGAAUUUAAAGUACUAUGGUUUAAAAAAUCGAAGCUAUAAGAUUCUUCUUGAGGUAUUGAAAUAUAAUAAACAUAUAAAACAUUUGGAUUUGACCAAUAAUGUGAUCGAUUCAGUGGAUGUUGCGAAUAUUUUUUCAGAUAUGAUUAAACAAAACAACACACUUGAAAGUAUAAACUUAACAUUUUGCAAGUAA